GGUGGUCUCUCUCUCUCUCUCUCUCUGUCUGCCCUGCUCUGAAAGCAUCAACAGCCUCCUGAUUCAGCACCACAGGACUCGCUGAGGCCCUCGCCCAAGGCCUGUAUCAGUCACCACAGACGCACCCUGCCGACAGGGCCCCCUGUUUAAAAGUCCCAGGAUCUGACACUAAAAAAAGGGAAAAUGCGGAAUAUAACGACAGGAGUGACAGACGAGAUAGAUCUGGCGUGUGGCAUGUCUGGAAGCCAUGAAUUCAUCUUCACCCUGGUACCCAUCGUCUACGGCUGUAACUUUGUCAUCGGCAUUGUUGGAAACAGUAUGGUAGUGGCGGUGAUCUACUGCUACAUGAAGCUCAAGACGGUGGCCAACAUAUUUGUGCUCAAUCUUGCCGUUUCCGACCUCACCUUCCUCAUCACUCUGCCCAUGUGGGCCACCUUCACCGCCACCGGCUACCACUGGCCCUUUGGUGAAUUCCUGUGCAAGGCCAGUGCAGGGCUGGUGAUUUUUAACCUCUACACCAGCAUCUUCUUCCUCACAGCGCUCAGCAUCGACCGUUACCUCGCCAUCGUUCACCCGAUGCGGUCACUCAGGUUACGCACUGUGCUGUACGCACGCAUCACCUGUGUAGUGAUCUGGCUUUUUGCCUUUGUGCUGAGCGUGCCCACAGCCUUGAUCAGGGAUGUCCACCACAUCACAAACUACACAAAAGUGUGUGGCAUUCUUCACCCGACCGUUGAAAAUAGCAUGAUUCUGAAGAAGCUCCUGCUGGCCAUCAGCCUGAUGAAAAGCCUGCUCGGCUUCCUGGUGCCCUUUGUCAUCAUCAUCACCUGUUACUGCCUUAUCGGACGUGCACUACUGGGGGCGAGGCAAAUCCAGAAGAGCUCCCGUUCACGGGAUGACGAGGUACUGCGCAUGCUUGCAGCAGCUGUCCUGGCCUUCUUCCUGUGCUGGGUGCCCCAUCAGGUGUUCCACUUGAUGCAGAUGCUCACCCAGCUGUCACUGGAAAGGAACUGUGCCAUCAUCGAGAUCAUUGACACCGCCAUGCCCUUCACUAUCUGCAUCGCCUACUUCAACAGUUGCGUUAACCCUAUCGUGUACGGCUUUGUUGGGAAUAACUUUCGCAAAAACUUGAUGCGGCUGUUGCGCUGCUCGCCAAACGGAGUCAGAGUGUCGCACCCGAGCAUCAGCUCCAAGAUGAGCGCUCUCUCUUUUCGUGCCUCUGAGGGACUGAGCCUCACCGCCAAAAGCAAGGCCUCUUCUGAAGAGAAGUGAAAAAAAAGAAGAAAAAGAGUCGAGGUUUAC